UUCUUCCACUUCCGGGACUGCGGGACCUGAGGCCCAGCGGGCGCGCGCGCACAGGACUUGCCAACGGGAAGAGGCCUUGAGGCACGGUGCCGACGGCGACGUGUGGCGUCACGUGACGCGGGCCGCGCCUAGCUCGCGAACUUGUGCGCGUCCCAGGGGGCCGCUGACUGGCUUGCGUGCUUGUGCGGAGCCGGAGGCGGGGGCCGGACCAGCUGGGGCUGCGGAGGCCUCGGGCCCGUGGAAGGGGGAGGGCGGGGCCAACUCCGGGACCGCGGCGACGACACACGGAGCCAGCGCCUGGGCCCGAGAAGAGAGAUGCGGUGGUUCCAGGGUGCUAUUCCGGCCGCCAUCGCGUCGGCCAAGAGGAGCGGCGCGGUCUUCGUGGUGUUCGUGGCAGGUGAUGAUGAGCAGUCUACACAGAUGGCUGCAAGUUGGGAAGAUGAGAAAGUGACAGAAGCAUCUUCAAACAGUUUCGUUGCUAUUAAAAUUGAUACCAAAAGUGAAGCCUGCCUACAGUUUUCACAAAUCUAUCCUGUAGUGUGUGUUCCAUCCAGUUUCUUUAUUGGCGACAGUGGAAUUCCUUUGGAAGUAAUAGCAGGAAGUAUUUCUGCAGAUGAACUUGUUAACAGAAUCCACAAAGUUCAGCAGAUGCACUCAGUAAAAGGUGAAACAUCAAUGGCAAAUGACAACCCAAUAGAAAAUUCAGUCUCUACACCUCCCACCUCUUUUGAACCUACCAGCACUUCUGAAAACUCUCAAUACAGAAAUGUAGAACUUUGUGAGGCACCACCCACUUCUGAUUCAAAGUCAGAAUCUGCAACAGGUGAAGAAAGUCCAGGCCAUGCCACUUCAUCCCAGGAAGCUAGUGGAUGCUCAAAUCAGAGACCUGCAGAGGACCUGACCAUCAGAGUAGAAAGACUCACCAAAAAACUUGAAGAAAGGAGAGAAGAGAAAAGAAAAGAGGAAGAACAGAAGGAAAUAAAGAAAGAAAUUGAGAGGAGAAAAACUGGAAAAGAAAUGUUGGAUUAUAAAAGGAAGCAAGAAGAAGAACUAACAAAAAGAAUGUUGGAGGAAAGAAACCGAGAAAAGGCAGAAGACAGGGCAGCUCGAGAGCGUAUUAAACAGCAGAUUGCAUUGGACCGUGCAGAGAGGGCUGCUCGUUUUGCGAAGACAAAGGAAGAAGUAGAAGCUGCCAAAGCUGCUGCCUUGCAGGCCAAACAGGCAGAAAUGGAAAUAAAGAGGGACUCAGCUGCAAAAAGACGAAGCACUAUUGCAAGAAUUCAAUUCCGUCUUCCUGAUGGUUCUUCCUUUACAAAUCAGUUCCCUUCCGAUGCUCCUCUAGAGGAAGCAAGACAGUUUGCUGCACAGACUGUUGGCAACACUUACGGUAAUUUUUCAUUAGCAACUAUGUUUCCCAGGAGGGAGUUUACCAAAGAAGAUUAUAAAAAGAAAUUAUUGGAUUUGGAACUUGCCCCAAGUGCUUCAGUGGUACUGUUGCCAGCAGGAAGACCAACUACAUCCAUAGUACAUUCUUCCAGUGGAGACAUUUGGACAUUGUUGGGGACAGUACUUUACCCAUUCCUUGCCAUCUGGAGAUUGAUUAGCAACUUCUUAUUUAGUAAUCCUCCUCCUGCACAGACCUCAGUGAGAGCAACAUCAUCAGAACCCUCAAACCUUGCAUCGUCUAGCAACUCAGAAAAAAGGGAACCAGUCAGAAAAAGAGUGCUGGAGAAACGGGGGGAAGACUUUAAAAAGGAAGGGAAGAUAUAUAGAUUGAGGACUCAAGAUGAUGGUGAAGAUGAAAACAACACUUGGAACGGAAAUUCUACACAACAGAUGUAGUGACAAGUACGAUUUGUGCAAUAAUCAUUGUUGCUCCUGAUUUAGUUCAACUAAAAUUCUGCUGAGGAAUUGGGACUGUUUUGUUUUCCAGCUUAUCUAUGAAGUGUCUAUUUCUACUUAGUGGGUUAAAUUUUAACUCAGAUAAGUCAAGAGAUAAAAUAACUGGCUGCUAGGUCCUUGCAUAUGGUAACCAACUACUAGAAGCCUAAAAGAAUCAAGAGAUCUGCCACAGACUAUCAGCUUUCUUAAUCAGUUAUUUCAUAUACCCAGUUAGCCCUAUGCUCUCAGAUGAUACAUUUUGUUUAGACUAUUUUGCUCCAAAAUUCUAAUGCCCAUCCAAGAAAAUAGUAUAUCAUUAAUUUGAUUCUGGGUCUCAGCAUUUUAACUAGCAAAUCAGAUAAUUUAUGUUUAACUUCUUCUUUGCUCAUCUGCUGCAAGCAAAAUCUUGUAGUUUUUAAUCUUAAACACUGAAUAAAGAAAAGUCUUUUCCAAAAAUUGA